AUGGACAAUCUACGAAGCUCCCCCGUCAGUGACGACGGGAGCAGCGAAUCCGACUCGUCGUCGCUCUUCCCGCAGUUCCCAAGACGGGUGAAAGUGUACCUCCUCCAAGGGGAAGACUGGAUCGAUAACGGCACCGGGUACUGUGUUGGGAAGAUUGACCACGAGCAUCAGCUGGCAUACUUUUUGGUGAGAAACGAGCAUGACCACGAUAAGAUCAUCCUCAAAAGCUACUUGAAUGGCAACAUUCACUACCAGCGGCAACAGGAAACCCUCAUUGUGUGGACAGACCUGCUGGGCAAGGACCUCGCGCUUCUGUUCCAAGAAACCGAGGGCUGCGCCGACCUUUGCGACUUUAUCGUCAAAGUCCAACGUGAAAGCAUUAGCCCUGGUAUUCUGCUACACUAUGUCGUGCUGCUGUUAGGCGAGGGCGACGAUAUCACCGAGCUCAUUACUGGUCCCAUAUCGUACCCUCCCAAACCCGAGUAUGACAAUUUGAAAGAGGUUGCAUCAGCAUUGGACGUUGGGGCCAAACAUCUGUUUACGCGUCAACGCAUCGCGUCUCAGUGGAUCUCGCUCGACUACUUUGCUGCCCUUAUCCCGUUGUUGACCGAGGCGGAGCAAAAUCAGGAUAACGAAGCUUUGUGGACAAUGGGAGAUAUUGUUCGCCUGCUAGUGGGUUAUCAAGAGCCUCUGGUGAUCGACGAUUUCAUAGAUUCCCCAGAAAAGACUGCUUUGGUGGCCGGCGUUCUUGAAUACGAUCGCGAAUGUCCAAAUAUUAAAGCUGAACACCGUUACAAUAUUGACAUCAGUCGAAUGAUAGAGGUGGUGCCAGUUGACAAGAUCGAGAUCUUCCAGAGAGAUUUCAGGUUACAAUAUUUGAAAAACCUGGUGUGGGCCAAGUAUGGCGACGAACUGGCCAACAGUAUGCUACUGACAAUGAUCUUCACCAACCAGAUGGAGAUUAUUAGUCAUUUCAUCGAACUGGAUCUACUCGAGCGAUUAUUCAGCUUGUACAAUGAACUGGUGCCUUGCAAAAGUAAUGGGACUGAUCACAAACCCCCUGCAUUGCCCGUGGAUCCCGAACUGCAAGACACUACACCACCCAAAACGCCUGAUGCAUUGACAGACAUAGAUAUCUCAAAUCACUCAGAACCCAAGGAUGGUUCUAUGAACGGCAAGUGCUUUCACGAAGAGUUGUCCUCCUCGGUGGGUUUGAAGCGGAAUGGCAUCCGCAUGCUUCAUCAAUAUAUCCUUAUGGCUAAACAUCUUCAGCUGUAUCAGAAGGUCGAGUUUUUCACUGCCACUAUUAAACAUGGUCUAUUUAAAAUGGUUUAUUUUGCUCUUGGUGACAGUGAUCCUGCUAUUCGAGCACUCGGCAUUGAGCUUACCACGGUAAUGAUCGAACAGGAUAUGCUGAUGGUGCACAUUAUGACCAACUUGGUGAGAGCCAACGGUGAAUUGGCGCCACUUUACAAUAUUUUGGUGAACUUGCUUGUGGACGACCUGACCACCGGGCUUAAAAGUCAGGCGUACGAAGCUAUCAAGGUACUUGUUGAUCCUGCCGCCAACGACGUUGAUUAUGGCAAUGCUGAAGACGACUUCAAGGAUUACUUGGCUGACUUCUAUAGUGAGCUGGCGCCGGCGCUAUUCGCUCAUUUGACGACUUCUUCUGACCCCUGUUUGUUGCAAAAUUUGUGUGAGUUGACCAGCUUUUGCUUCAAAGAUCAUGCCAAAAUAUAUCCCCCGCUGAGGCGAUUUUUCUAUGAUGAUAAAGUGUUACUUGCGGUUGCCAAAGUGAUCGAGAGAAGCAAACUGGUAAUCACGCGUCUUGCAGCUCUUCGUUGUCUCAAAUAUGUCAUCAGUUUGUGUGACAACGACUGCGCUGAUCAUUUGAUUGAACACAAUGUGUGCAGGCCAAUUUUCUCGUGGUUCAAGGAGAUCAUAGACGGUAACGGGCUUGCCACUCUGUCGAUGUUAUCUUUCAUCGAUGUCAUAUUUAAUAGUGUUCAUGAACCACUGGGAGCAACGAAAAAGAUAGCUGACCACUUUGCGGCAAACUUCCACGACAUACUUGAGGAUUGUGAGCCAGGACAGAGGCUUUUGGCGGCAUUGAAGCCUGAAGCUAUGGAUGAAGUGGCGUCUACUAUCGAUGAUGCCUGGAACGGUAACAGUCAUGCUGAUCUCAAGCGGAAGUUGAACGAUGACGAAGUUAUACCCGUGGCAAAAAAGAUUGCCCUAUAA